AUGCUGAACAAGGGGACAAAUAAUGUCUCCAUGGAUAAUGAAGCUAGAAGAAGUAGGAUCGAGAGACUUAAUCAGUUAAAAAAUCGACGUCGUGAAAGCGAGAGGCUCAAUAGAAGAGAAGUCGUGAGGGCAAACGAGGCUCGAAAGACUGGGAUAAAGAGAACUUCCAGCUCAGUUCAAGAUAACGAUGCAGAAGUUGAUGUUACGAAUGAUGAAGAUGAUGAAUGCAAAAAGUUACUUAAUUAUACUAUUGAUGAUUGUGAUAAAUGGUCAAAAAAACGAGCAGCGAUCAAACAGAAUAAACAGAAUGAUGGCUACCAAAGCUAUAGUCAACUAGCUGAGUACUCCUACAAUAAAGAAAUAACAAGAGUAGUGGUGGACAAGGAUGAGUAUGAACGCCAGAAAGAAACACAAAGCAAACUUCAAAUCAAAGGUAUCGUUAACCCCUCGAAGAUUACUGAUAUAAAUAAACCAAGCAAAGAAACGAUUUCAGCCGUUGUGAACUCUCUAACUGAAGCUAACCAUCGGAAAAUGUCAAAGAGAGAAACGAGAAGAAUAAGCGACGCAAAUGAUUAUAUUAAUGAUAGAAAUAGACAGUUCAAUCUUAAGCUUGAUAGGCAAUUUGACUGA